AUGGCUACAGCCCUUACUCUUACCAAUAUCAAACCUACCCUUACUAUCAAACAUCAUACUACUCCUCCGGAAGCCCGUACUACAACCAAUAUUCGAGCUCUUAUCCUAGCUACUAUUCCAACUAUAAUUACGGUAGCAACUAUCGUCAACCGUCAUAUGGCCUUCUCUCAACACUGUUUGGCAUGGGUGGCGGAGGUGGCGGUUAUAACGUGGACCGAUACGGAAACAGGUACAUUGGAACUCCUCAAAAUGGGUUAUUUAUUACCUGUAAUGGUCGAGGAUGCCCAGUACGAGGAUAACUGA